GCUGUUAAAAACCCUUCAACUAAUCAAACUCCAAGCACCAGAAGUAUUGCACAAGCCUAUGGUUUUUUAGAAACUAUCCUCAGAUGUGCAAUCAAAAAUGAUGGUCCUCUUAGUCACCUGGGCCAUGCUAAAAUUUUAACAGAUCAUGAAGAAAGACAGCUCAUCAUCGAGGCAGAUGAACCAACCCUUUUAAUGAAAAUGGUUCAGCUUCAAAAAGUCAUAGCUAAAAAGGGUGCCCAUCAAGUCCAUCAAGUUUCAAAUAGUGGUUCUUAUGAACAUAUUUCCAUAUGUCCUACCAUCUCAGCUGCUGGAACUUACAUCCCACCAUUGAUUAUUUAUAAGAAAAAGCAAAUGAUCUUAGGCCUUCUAGAUGGUGUUCCUGCUGGUUCUGUCAUGGAGUUUACUGAAACGGGUUAUAUGCGAGAAAGCCUUGUUAACUUUUGUUCUGAAAAUAAUAUUCUUCUUUACACCCUUUCUUCUCAUAUUACUCACAUUUUACAGCCAGCCAAAUUACCAUUUAUUAUAUUGAAAAGAGCAUAUACUAAGAAGUAUAAUAGGUUUAGAAUUAAUAAUGAUAAUAAGCAUGUGACUAAACACACAUUCACUCAGGAAGUAUUAAUGUCAGAGAUUAUGUUGCUAAAUCAAAAAGUUGAACAAUUAGAAGAAGAGCUUGAAAUCUUUAAAAACUCUGGUACAAGUUCUUUGUAG